GCUUACUUAUCUUCAGUCGCACACAGUCGCAAGCCGUGUUUUCGUUGUUUAAUUUGUAAAAAAUUACUUUUUGCUCAGCGUCAAUAAAUCGUGAUUUAUGUCAAGAAUAGACAUUUUAACCUCUUGCACUAAGGAUGCUACAGAAAAACCGACUGUGCAUCUUUUACCGUGCAAAAUAGAGCACAAUGGCGAAGCUGAAGUCGAUGAAUAUUUUCAAAGUUGUAUUAAGGACGAUGGAAAGGGAAUGAAGAAAGUUUCAUUUCGUGGCCGCAUGUUAAUGGGUGAGAAAGUUGCUAUACCAGAUGGAUACAGUGGCUAUCUUCUCAGGGAAAAUCGUAAACCUGUCACUGAUGACCAGGAUAGAUCUUUUCGAGCUAUAAAAAGAUUUUCUGAAUUCACACAUUGGAAUCUUGAGGAUAGGCCUUGUUUAAAUGACAAGAUCAGAAAGGCAAUGCAAUGGAUUUACAUUUCUUCAGCGAUACAUCAACCUGUGAAGACUGACACUGUUAUGGCAAAAAUUACAUGACAAUGGUCGAAGUGGUAAUUUGUAAUUCCUACCUCAGGAUGGAGAAGGAUGGUGUUUCAAAAUGUUCUUCCUCUGAUGAACUAGAAGAAGAAUGUACAUUUCAUUCAAUUUCAAUUUUUAUUGAAAGUUUAUCUCAAUCAUAAUUGAUCGUUAAUCUUUUAGUCCGAUUGAUUUCAAUCCAAACCAAAAUCUGUAUAUAACAUGUACAUUGGAAAGCUACCAUUGGUGCUGCUUUCUUUAACAUACGUAAAUUGUGUAAGAGAAAGUGAGCUGUGGAUUGCUUGAAUAGUGUUAUCUUUUGUCUGCAACAUAUACGUAUAGUUCUUUAAAUUACAGCGAUCUCGUGGUUGUCUUUUUAAUAAUA